AUGGCAGACUUCCCGGAGCGGCAAGUUGGCUCCUUUCGCCUGGCUUUCGAAUGGACUGGCCCCUGUCUGUUUAACUCAUAUGGGCCACACGUACGGAUAGCGUACGGCAAUGAUCCCAUCAUCGCUGACCCACAGUGCGCCUCGAUCGUGGAGGCUAUGAAGAGAAUGCACGGUACUGCCGAGACGGUGAUCACGCGAAGUCGGAGUGUAGGCAACGGAAGAAGACGAUCAACUCACUCCAUGCUACGACCCUAUUGUUCGUGGGACAUGGACCUCCGUGAGCGAGCAGAGGCAAGGUACGUGAUUGGGCCCAUUAAUAAGAGGACUUUCUACGAUGGUUCCGAGGUCCACAACACUGAUCACAGAGGACCGUGGUCGAAAGCAUUAGACUUCAUUCGAUCAUCCGUGCAAAUAGCACACAACAGACUGAUGGACGAAACAUGGCGCCUAGAUCAUCAUAAAUUCCUGGGUCCCGGUAUCGUCAAUGAUCCCAGCGAGUUAUGCAUUCACACAUGCCAGAAACUACUCGAACGAGUGGACGCUAUUGUCCCAUAUAUGACUCCCAAGGACCCAGAGAUGACCAAAGCAACUUUGUGGCACAGCGAUCUCCACCACAACAACAUCGUCCACAAAGACGGUCAGAUCUCAGCCAUGGUCGACUGGCAAGGCGUAUGGGCCUGCCCCCUCUACCUUACCGCCAAAGAUCUGAACCCCAUCCAGCUGCCCCCUGACUUCGGGGAAUUGAAGCUCUAG